CAACUUCCCUUCUUCCCAUUCUUCUUCUUUUUCCCACAUUCAACCUUAAUACCAUCUCCUCUCAAUCCUUUUUAGAUCUUUAGAUCAUCAAUACCGUCAAUAUGAGCAACACACCAAAGAAGGAGUCCGUCAUGGGCGUGUAAGUUUUAUACUUCCUUUCUUUCUCAACCCUCUGUUCUCUAUUUCCGUGUGAUUGCGAUAUGGGAAUUUGGAGGUCUUCGGAAUGCCACAUCAACAACUAGAUCAACAUCAACCUUGAUCGAGCCGUGAAAGAGAGCAAUUGGAUUAUUGAAAGAAUAUCGACAUAAUUCCCAUGAUACAUCAAUAUUCUCAAAGCUUUCGUUGUUUGAUCAAUGGCAUUCCAUCCAAAGAAUUCCCUUCAACCCGCCUUCGCACAAAUCAAUUUUCAAAUCAACCAUGAUACUGACAAUAUUAUAAUAGCCCUCCUUUCAUCAUUGACUUCUUGAGUACGUUGAUCCCAGUACUCCGAAUCAAAUAAAUAUUACAAUCCUUUUUGAUGGAUUUCAAAGGCCCGCUGGAUUUUUGAAGGAUUUAUAUGUAAUUUACAAGGAUACUGAUUUGUGCUAUAGUGGGUGGUGUCUCCGCUGCCGUCUCCAAGACCGCUGCUGCUCCCAUCGAGCGUGUCAAGCUCUUGAUUCAAAACCAGGUAUGUUUAUUUCGGGCAUUUCUAUUUAUUCUUUUGGAUACCUCAAUUUGUACAUGCAUAUGUACAGAUCGCAGUAAUGCAUAUUUCCAUUUCUUCCGAUAUCUCGUAUCUUGGAAAUAUCUGGAAAAUCAUUAGCCCGAAAAUAAUUCUAUCCCACCUUUUAUAUUACACUUGCUAAUGUAAUCUUUCUACAGGAUGAGAUGUUGAAGACUGGCCGUCUUGACCGCAAAUACGAUGGUAUCGUUGAGUGCUUCAAGCGUACCACCGCACAAGAAGGUGUUGCCUCCUUAUGGAGAGGUAACACUGCCAACGUUAUCCGUUAUUUCCCUACACAAGCCUUGAACUUCGCUUUCCGUGAUACCUACAAGUCGAUGUUCAACUUCAAAAAGGACCGUGAUGGAUAUGCUAAGUGGAUGGCCGGUAACUUGGCUUCCGGUGGUGUAAGUUUCUUUUCCCCACGAAAUAUCUAUAUGCAAAUACUAAUUCCUACAAAAGGCUGCUGGUGCCACUUCCCUCCUCUUCGUCUACUCCCUCGAUUACGCCCGUACACGUCUUGCCAACGACAACAAGAACGCCAAGACUGGUGGUGACCGUCAAUUCAACGGUUUGAUUGAUGUUUACAAGAAGACCCUCGCUUCCGAUGGUAUUGCUGGUCUCUACCGUGGUUUCGGUCCUUCCGUUGCUGGUAUCGUUGUUUACCGUGGUCUUUACUUCGGUAUGUACGAUUCCAUCAAGCCAGUCCUCCUUGUUGGACCUCUUGAGGGUAACUUCCUUGCUUCCUUCUUGCUCGGAUGGACUGUCACCACUGGUGCUGGUAUCGCUUCUUACCCAUUGGACACCAUCCGUCGUCGUAUGAUGAUGACUUCUGGUGAGGCCGUUAAGUACAAGUCUUCCUUGGAUGCUGGUCGUCAAAUCGUUGCCAAGGAGGGAGUUAAGUCUCUCUUCAAGGGUGCUGGUGCCAACAUUCUCCGUGGUGUUGCAGGUGCUGGUGUCUUGUCCAUCUACGAUCAAAUGCAAGUCUUGAUGUUCGGAAAGGCAUUCAAGUAAAUGUAUUUAAAAUGAUUUACGGGGAUGGUUGAUGUAGCAGUGGUUGAUGAUAAUGCGAAAUAAACGCCUGGGGUCGGUCGUGGUUGGGAGCGACAAGGUUGAAGUUGUACAGACAUCCAUUGCUAUGGUGUUGGGGCAACUUGCAGUGAUAGUUUGCCAUAAAAAGAAAAGACAAACUAGUCGCUGCUGUACUUUAUUACCUAAGCAAUUUUCCUGUUCCUUUUUGAUCUUGUCGUUUUGAAGUCUGGUCUGAUUUGGCUUUUCUUUUUGUGUGGAAAAAUUUCUUUUGCAUGCUUAUUUGACUCGAUAAAUAGAUUGUGAAGAUGGAUGGAUGGGUGGAGUGUUAAAAGAAUAUGGUAUUUUAUAAAUAU